AGGUUGGAAACUGCCUAUUGGGAUACGCCAAGACGUCUGGCAACAUACCGUUGUGAUCUGCCAUCUUGUAGCAGUGCCAAGGCUUGAUGUCGUUGCUCAAUACGGAGAUUCUCCCUCUACCCAUGCUUGCAUAAAAGAAGAAUUUCUCCACUAACUCAGAAGAGCCAACUGCAAUCCUUAUAAAGAUGAAUUGCACGAGUAUCCCGCGUCAAAUUGCUCCUAAAACACGUGCAUUAUCGUGCAUGUGAACACCUGCGUUUUGGUGCGAAUUUUGUUUAAAAAUGUGCGACAUUUCACAGAGUUUUAUCAAUUAAUGAACGACAAACUCUUAUCUUUUCACCGUUGCAGAUUUGGUUUUACGCCACAUCAGUUCAUGUGCUAACAAUACCUGUAAAAAGUUUAGAAUAUUUGGCAUUAUCUGGUUUGAAACAGUUGAGUAUAGUGAGUGGCUACAUUUACACUGGUGAGUCUAAACUUUUGAUGGGUAGUAUAUAUAUUUGAAAAGUUUUCACUUCGUACAUGGUAUGGGAAUAUAGUUAAUCGAGUGGUCAUGUUAUUUUUGUGAGAUAUUCAGUUAGGCAUAUUUAGUUGUGGCAUGUGUGAGAUGUCCACACUGGGGUGUAUUUGUAUCCAUAUCAGUAGGUGCUGGAUAGGAAGGAAGACCCCACACAAACCGUCAGGUAGACUGGGCGCGUGUAUAUUUAUUUGACAUGGAUAUACACAAUUGCUUGAAUGCUUGAAGUAUUUUUUUCAUAUGUUGAUUUUUUACAUAAGCCUGCUAUGAUUAGUAUGACUGAAAACAAAGUGGAACACCAGUGACUCUCAACGUAAGUACUUGAUAGAUCUGACAUAUCUUCGGGUAAAAUUAAACUUCCUUUCAGAUUUGUAACGGGCGCUUGAUGUCAUAUGUUAAUUCAACAGUAAUAUACACUGAUAAUUUCACUGUCUACAAAUAAUAAUGUAUGUCGACAAUCUACUUCUACCACUUCAAGUAUGAAUGUCACAUGAAGACCUGAAAACUUCAGCGCUGUAUGCCAAAACAGAACAGUAGAAAUAGAAUACUGUGAAAAUGCAAGGGAUUGAUUUGAGCCCAUUGGGGAGUGAUUUGAACCUGGAGUGAGUGUUUCCUUUUAGUAGUGGGGAGUGACCGCAUCCGAGGCUCUAUCAAUCUAGAAUCAAUCUGAAUUCUUAAUGGAUUGACUUAUUUAAAAUUGGUGGUCCCUUUGAUCUCGUUUUAACUGCAGUUGGACUGUAUGCCAGAACAGAAGAGUCGAAGUAGAAUACUGUGAAAAUGUAAGGGAUUGAUUUAAGCCCAACGGGGAGUGAUCUAAGCCUGGACUGAGAGUGUUGGGCCAAGUAGAGGGGAGUGACCUCAGACUAGAUGCAAUGACGUGAAGUUGUUCAGGGAUUGAUUUGUUAUCGUCUUUUUUACGCUAUUUUCCUAUUGCAUUUUUUUUAUCAAGCAUUUGUGAUCAAGUAUGCCCUAGAGUAUUAAAAUCUGCAACGUUGCUGUGUUGAGUUUACUUGCUCUUCAAGUAUUUGAUUGGGCAAUCACUUCUCAAACAUCACAAGUACAAGGCAGGUACCUACCUGAGCUAGAAAUAAAGGAAACCAGUGAUCAUGAGACCGCCAAGGCCUAAGUAAAACUUUCAAAAAGCUUUAUGGUGGACAUGUGGAAGACAUUUCCGAAUUUGACGCAUCAGUGCCAAAACUGAUGUCCGAAGCAAUUCCCAAUUUUGACCUGUACAGGAUGUUUCCGUGCUUUUUUUCAGGUGAUCAAUUGACUUGCCUUUGCAUGUGUUUGUGACGGGUGCCACCGUGGAGCAGGAUACGCUCCCCCUUUCGCGAACACCUAGUAUUUUAACUUUUUGAUAGUGAUUCAAAAACACAUGCUCAUGAUAUAGUCGGGGUCGUACAAUUGACUCUGCCUUUUUCCAUAUGGAACGGAUUUUGUCGCUUUAUUUUCUGACAUGAGCUUCUAUGUCCCUGAAAUAAGCAAAGUAAACGAGUUGUUUUAUCAGUUCUGGCUUAUCAUCACUUUGUCAUUGACACGAGGUCACUCGUUCACAUUAAAUGGCAUACUUCUUUAUGUAGAUACACAUUAACAUACACGCGAGCUGCUGACACCAUGAAUUGGAUACGUGUGCUCGUUAUACUCUGCUCCUUAUAUGUGCAAAGUACAGUGGGUCAGUCUGUUUCUGUCACUGUUUCUACAGACAAGGAAAUAACAACGAUAGAUGACCAUUUCGUCGGGGUGACAUUGGAUUCGUCAAUGCUAGCAAUAUCUGUUAACUGGGAGGGACUUGAUUUAAGUUCACCUAAAGUGCAGACCCUGGCAAAAGCAUUAUCCCCGGGCUAUCUGAGAAUAGGGGGAACACCUGGAGACUUCAUGACCUUUGACCCAACAGGACAUGGGGGUACAAGUGCAAACUCCACUUAUACUGAUGCUAAAUGGGACGAGCUUAAUGCCUUUGUGAAGAACGUUGGGUGGGAUUUGGUGUUUGCCCUCAAUGUGUUGAAGCGGAAAGAAGGACAGUGGGACCCUGACAACGCCAAAGAACUGAUAACCUAUAGCAAUGCUAGGAAUUACAAGAUACCUGCAUUUGAACUCGGAAAUGAACCUGAAUAUUUCCCCGAACCCUUCACCAAUACAAUUUCUGGAGCACAGCUUGGGCGAGAUUUUGUCCAUCUUAGGGAAAUCCUCAAGUCUACUCCUGGGUUCGAAUCCACGCUGGUGAUUGGACCAGAUGUAACAGGUAUCUCAGGACCGAAAUCCAUAUUGUUUCAGAAUUUCUUCGAAGGCGAAGGAAGCAAGGCCGUUGACAGAAUCACCUUUCACCAGUACUAUGCCUUCGAAGCUGAUGCUACAGUGAACACCUGUAUCGACCCCAAGGUGAUGGACAGCCUGAUAUCUGAUAUCCACAGAGUGCGUAACGUCACCACCCCCUCCAACCCCGACACUCCCCUUUGGCUUGGGGAGACAUCGUCCUUCUACGGCGGGGGAACUCCAGCGUUAUCUGAUAGAUAUGUAGCUGGGUUUCUAUGGUUAGACAAGCUCGGGGUUGCCUCACGGAUGGGACUUAAAGGGGUUUUAAGACAAUCGUACUAUGGACACAAUUAUUCUCUGAUCGAGAUGAACACAUUUGAACCUUAUUCGGACUACUGGCUGACCUUGCUCUACAAGAGACUGGUUGGGAAUAAAGUGUUAUCCGUGCAGACCAACUCAACCAACAGCUUCAGGGUCUAUGCCCACUGUGCAAAACAGAACAGUGUAUACAACUACAAGCCGGGUAGUGUUGUAAUCUACAUCGUCAACGUCAACAUCUACACCACCGUCGUCACCUUCCCACAAUUCCAAAAGAAUAUGGAUCUCUUCUGGCUCAGACCAGAGUUCACAGAACUUACAUCAAGGAAUGUGACACUAAAUGGUAAACGACUGGAUUAUGUGAACAACACCAUCCCCGACAUGCCCCCUCAAAAGGCCUAUGGCGGGCUCCUCAUGCUGCCAGCAAGGACCUUCGGGUUUGCCGUGUUCCCUGAUGCGGAUGUUGAUAUCUGCAGGUGAUUGUUACAAGUGGAAUGUGUGAAGCGUAAUAAAUUAAUGCAAUGUUCCAUUACAAA